AUGGGAACAUUAUUUUUUACUGUUUUCAUAUGUUCCGUUUUUCAACAUGCGAUUUGUCUUGACUACGAUGGAUGGUUGACUAUUAAAAUGGAACAUUCUUUGAAUUGCAAAACCGAAAAAUUUUGUCCAAGAGGAAAUAUCACAUUGAAAAGUAUUAGGGCAGGCACAGCAAUUAUUGAUCAAAGUAAUUUCAGCAAACAGGAUAUAAAGGAACUUAAGGACAUAGCUGAUAUGGAUGGGUUCUACACUAUAAGAGCAUUAGUUACAUCUGCUGAUAGUAAAGAAAUUGAACUUUUCUCUUCAGUAAAAGCUCAAUUAUUUUUAGACACUGGGUUAUCUGAUAUUAUUAAUGCAUGGGUACUACCAAACGGUGAAGUUAUGGCAGUCAGCUUUCAAGUAGCAAACUUAUCAUUCGUUCAGAGCUUAGAUUAUGAAAGAAAUGAGUAUGAAGUAAAUUCUAAAUUUUUUGUCCGCCAUGUGGAUCAAGCUCCAGUGCCUGAUACUGCAUCAUAUAUACAAAAAUUAGAGAGAGAAAGAGAGGCAAGGGAAAAGGGUGAUGUAAAAGAUAAUAGAUCAUUUUUAGCUAAAUAUUGGAUGUAUAUUGUGCCUAUUGCAAUAUUUGUAAUGAUUUCUGGUAUAACAAACCCUGAACCAGCAGCUCAAGCAUCUAGA